AUGAAUAUAGAAAAGCAAAGAAUGUGUUCGUUGGUGGAGGUUGUUCUGUGCGCCGUUUGUAAUUUUUCGUACAAUUUCUGGAACUACACUCUCGGUGAACCUUUGGACCGUUACUGCCAACCUUCCCAGCCUGUGUCUGCCCAGCUGCCCGACUGCCCAGCUUGUGUCUUCCCGGCCUUCCUGGCCUGUGUCUGCCCGACUGCCCAGCUUGUGUCUGCCUACCUUCCUGGCCUGUGUCUGCCCGGCCUGCGUCUGCUUAGCUGCCCGGCCUGUGUCUGCCCAGCUACCCGGCCUGUGUCUGCCCAGCUGCCCGGCCUGUGUCUGCCCAGCUGCCCGGCCUGUGUCUGCCCAGCUACCCGGCCUGUGUCUGCCCAGCUGCCCGGCCUGUGUCUGCCCAGCUGCCCGGCUGCCCAGCUUGUGUCUGCUCAGCUGCCCGGCUUGUGUCUGCCCAGCUGCCCGGCCUGUGUGUGCCCGGCUGCCAUCUUGUAUCUGCCCAGCUGUCCGUCUUGUAUCUGCUGA